AUGAUAAUUUUAAUAACUAUAGUAUGUUUGGUUGCAAUAUUAUUUUAUCGUCAUUUGAACCGUAAUUAUAGCUAUUGGUCGGACAGAGGACUGAAAGGACCGAAACCUAUCAUAUGGUUUGGCAAUACAUUUGAAGAGUUGUUUCGCCGGAUUUCGCUUAUCGAUAGAGAAAGACGUCUGAAAUAUGGACCGACCUAUGGUGUGUUUGAAGGAACUGAUCCAAUACUGGUAACAUCCGAUCCGCGGCUAAUCAAAAACAUUUUGGUCAAAGAUUUCAAUACAUUUCGCAAUCGACUCAGGGUUUUGCUAACACCGGCCGAUCAUCCAAUCUAUAGGCACGUCAUCGACAAUACCAAAGAUGACGAUUGGCUGCGUAUGCGUGCCGUAGUUAAGACACUGUUUACGGAUAUCAAACUCCGAUCGAUGGUCAGCAAAAUUGAGGCCAAUCUACGAAAUUUGACUAAAGCUUUGGAUGGAUGGUUGGGUCGGGAGACGGACGCCGAGGCAGUGGUCGAUAUACGCGAAAUGUUUGUCAAUCAGGGUAUAGACUUAAUAGGGUCGGCCAUGUUUUCGUUGGACCAGGAUUCAUUUAGUCGGCAACAAUCGGCGGUCCAAACCAAUGAUUUUACACCACUAAUUAAACGGAUAUUUUUUCCAUCAAAAUUCCGAAUUCUGGCCAUUUUUGUUUUGCCGAAAUUUUUGCUACAAUUCCUCGAUAUUUGCAAUAUUAUGUCCAAACAGGCGCUGAAUGAUUUCGCCGAUCUGACUGUCCGACAGAUUACUAAACGUAAACAAUCGCCGGACGAUGUCUACGAAGAUUUUCUACAAUCCUUACUGAAUCGGUGCCGAGAUUUUCAGGAAAGACAACAACAAAAACAAACUGUUCAGACAUCCAGUAGUGACGAAGUACUACAAAACAACAAACAAAUGUUAGCCACAGAGGAAGUGGUAGCCAACGUGUUCUCCCUAUUUCAGGGAGCUUUCGACGGCCACUCCAUUUCGAUGACAUUCAUUACGUACGAGUUGGCCGUCAAUCCCGACUGUCAGCAGCGAGUCUAUGAUGAGAUUAGCCAGUGCUGGGAUCAGUCAACCGGACAGUUUGAUUUUGAAACACUUGUCCGACUGGAUUAUUUGGAUGCCUGUAUAUCUGAGGCAUUGAGACUACAUUCGGCAGUCAUACGGGACGGACGUGUGGCCACACAGGACUACGUCGAUCAGACAACUGGUGUUACCAUCAAAAAGGAUCAGGUAGUCAUAUUUUCGCGUUCAGCAUUGCACAGAUGCCCCGAUUACUACCAGGAGCCGGAAAAGUUCAGACCCGACCGAUUUCUAAGUGCUAACAAAUCCAAUUUAGUUGCCUAUACUUUCCUGCCGUUCAGCUUAGGUGGUCGUAUGUGUCCGGGCAAUAAGUUUGCAUUGAAUUCCAUUAAAUUGACCAUGGCACAUUUGCUAAUCAGGUAUAGAUUCAAACAGUGCGAUCAAACCGUACUGAAAACCGAACCGCUUGUCGAACACUAUACCUAUUGUCCGGAAAAAUUGUUUUUGAAAGUUGAAAAACGAGUUACUAAUUGA